GCUCCGGGAGUCCCAGGUGAGCGCAGGAAGGUUCUCGGCUUCUCCUUCAUUGUUCCUUAAAGUUCUCCUGUGAGGAAUUAAUGGAGAUAAAAGGACAUUAGACAGCCCCCCCCCCCCCCCCCGCCCGAACUCUUUUAUCACAACUACAAGUUCGUUUCUUUCCUCCUUCCCUUUUGUUUCUGGGGGUUAAAAGGAAAAGAGAGAGAGGAAAGCGCGGCCGCGUCGGAGCGAUCGGAGCGACUGCGUCUCUGCAACUGGCGUCUCUACAAAGGUUAAAGCCGAUCCGACUGUCAAUAGCGGGGAGUCGAGAGGAGUCCAGUCGGGGGGGGGGCUCGGCUUUUGUGAGAAACAGAUACUUUGAUAUUUUGGAAUGUUAGAAGGGUGAAUGUGAGAAAUUGGAGGUUGGGGAUCUAAUUACCGGCCCGUAAUUGGGGGCUGGGGAAUAAGUUGCAGCCUCUCUACUCACCGCAGAUCAAUUAUGUUAAGAGAACAUCUGUAAGUAGAACUUAAUGAGGUCCAUUAGAGCAACAUGUUCAGCCUCCUCUAACAGUGCUUGUCAGCUCCUUGGGCGAGUCGGAAGCCGCUAACUGGGGACCGGCCGGGGGUGCUUAAAUAGCGCAGGAGCGGAGCUGGCCCACUCGGCUGCGGAGCUUACAGCAAGAGGCAGAGACAAAUCUUCCUCCUCCUCAUCCUCCUCCUCCUCCUCAUUGUGUCGGGGAACUACAGAAAUAUUUACUUUUAUGAAAUAUUUAAUAGAAAACCUCAAGCAGCCGCCGCCGCCGCCAUCGGGUUUCAUUGCGGAGGGAAGUGCCCCCAUUUCUGCCCCGACUCCCCCACAACAAGGAAUCCAAAUGCUGUCAGUUCAGCCGGACACCAAGCCGAAGGGUUGCGCCGGCUGCAAUCGCAAGAUCAAGGACCGCUACCUGCUCAAGGCCCUGGAUAAAUAUUGGCACGAGGACUGUCUGAAGUGCGCCUGCUGCGACUGCCGCCUCGGGGAGGUGGGCUCCACCCUCUACACCAAGGCCAACCUCAUCCUGUGCCGGAGGGACUACCUAAGGUUAUUUGGUGUGACGGGUAACUGUGCGGCCUGCAGCAAACUCAUUCCUGCCUUCGAAAUGGUCAUGAGAGCCAAGGAGAACGUCUACCACUUGGACUGUUUCGCCUGUCAGCUCUGUAACCAGAGGUUCUGUGUGGGAGACAAGUUUUUCCUGAAGAACAACAUGAUUCUGUGCCAGACGGACUAUGAGGAAGGGUUAAUGAAAGAGGGUUAUUCUGCCCAAGUGCGCUGAGCCCCUCCCCCCGCGCACCCC